AUGGCAGCGAAGAGAGUGGUUGUCGCCGGCGGGAACGGCUUCUUGGGUUCGAGAAUCUGCAAAUCCGCUGUGGCUAGAGGAUGGGAGGUUACGUCACUUAGUCGUUCCGGAGAACCGCGAUGGGAUACUGUCACCGGCUCUCUCAGUCGCCCAAGCUGGGCCAGCUCAGUCGAAUGGGCUAAGGCCGAUAUGCUCAAGCCGGAAACCUACAAGCCGUUCCUGAGUGGUGCGACCGCCGUCGUCCACAGCAUGGGAAUCCUCCUCGAGGCGGACUACAAAGGGGUGGUGCAAGGACGAGAACCAAUCCUUAGCGGAUUGCAAAAGGCUUUUGCAGCGUCAAAACCAGGCAGUCAGAAUCCGUUGCAAAGGCGUGAAGGAGAGCCUCUUCAAGUGAAAGAGCGCAAUGGGCAGUUUACAUAUGAGCUUAUGAACCGCGAUUCUGCGAUCGCAUUGGCGCAAGAAACUCUUAACGAACAUGUCCCGACUUUCCUCUACAUCUCUGCUGCUUCAGGCGCCCCAGUUCUCCCCAGUCGAUAUAUCACAACGAAGAGAGAGGCGGAAUCUAUCAUCGCGGCGAAAUUACCAGAGCUGCGGAGUGUCUUUGUGCGAGCCCCGUUUAUGUACGAUGAAAGCAGGAAGUUCACUCUCCCCAUUGCUCUUGGUGGCUUUGUCGGUUCUCAGGUCAAUGCGCUUUUGGGCAACAGACUGGACUUCCUGGGCUCUAUGGUCACGAAACCCUUCCAGGUGGAUACUGUGGGUGAGGCUGUAAUGGAAGCCCUCGAUGACGAUUCUGUCCAAGGUGCCUUGGGAGUAGAGAAGAUAGAAGCUCUGGCUACGAAAGCGUGGAGAAAGAGCAUGCUCUGA